UUCCAUUCCACUCCACACCCUCCAAAGUCUCCAGAUAACUCACACCACCCCCUCUCCAUUCUGUCAAUCCUUCGAAGUCUUCUGUCCAUCGUAAAGAACGAUUCUCCUAUCCCCUGCAGCCCGGUCGUCGACGGCUACAUACAUAAAGCGGGCGUCCCUUCGAACUCCGAGAGCGAGCAAUACCCCGACAACAAAGAAUACCAAAGUUCAAAAGGGCCACGUUAUACAACAACUCCUAGGCUGAGGAGACCAUCCACGGAUCUCUGCAGAAUCUCACAGUUACGCCAAUCCACUAGGGUACCAUAUACCCCCAAGAUAUCAAAACACCAAGCCGACCCCAAACAGAUCAGCAAUCAACAUGUCCUCCUCCAACAACGGUGACAAUUCUCCUCCCAAUGAGGCAUCUGCCCGGGCUCGUCGGGGCUCCUUCACCUCCCAAACCUUCAACAACAUCUUUGGCGGCUCUAUCAACCGAUCAAAUAGCACAUCUGGUCCUACACCUCCCUUCCCUGGCCCUAUUACCACAGCCGCAGUCCAAGAUCAACGCCGGCGUAUGUCAAUAUCGACACUUGGCUUGUCUGGCACCUCCCCAACACAAUCAUCACCAUUCCCAUUUGGUGGUCGGCGAGGUAGUGUCUCUACCGCGAACUCCGAAGCCAUCGAUGAGAAUGCAAUCGACGAUGAUGAAGGUCCCGGUCGCAGCAACCCAACUACUCCAUUCGCACGCCGCAUGUCAUUUGGCGCACAAGCUCUACGAACCGUGAGAGGAAGUGGCAGUCCAGGCACAACCGGUAGAGCUCCCUCAUACACUACUGCACCUCUUCCAUCCAUUCCGUCAGGGCCACGCAGCGCGGAAGCCCUCGCUCGCGCAGGCUCUGUCCCUAAAAGCGGAGUUGUAACUCCUCCAAAGUCCCAAAAUCAAGCAAAUCAGGCAAGCACGCAAUCAAAGCCCAGAACUGCUUCUGACUAUCCUCUUUCUGCUCGUCCAGGUGAUGGCGGUGGAUUCAACUGGUCCGAGCAGCUUAGAACCCGUGCCGAGAGUUCCGUUUCACAGACUCAGCGUCCUAGCUUCUCUACCUCCCCAUCCGCAAAGACCAUGCAAAUGCAUGAGCGAGCUAAGAGUGUCAGCGAGAUGCCAUCUCCUCCAACUGCUGUUCCUGCCGCUCCUGCACCAAGGCCGGAGCGAAAGAAGCCUGAUGCAUUCCAAGAGCGUAUUCUCAAGGGAGACUUCUACAGUAUGUGACAAUCUGGCUGCAAUCCUUGCACUGCUCUCAGUAAAAUGAUCUACAUUCUCUAUCAUCAGCACUUUGUGGUACAUCUACUCGCCCUUGCUGACUGUCUUGGUUCUGCAGUGGAUUAGUCGCUUGAUGAUAUCAUUUCUUAUGUUGAUUACACACAUUGCUCCGCAAUGUUGCUUCACGAUGACAAGGCGUUGAUGGCGUUUACGAAGCGAUGAUGGCAGAGCGCCCCGCACACAACUAAAGGUUGUACACUUUGGAUGACUUUUGAUUUGUUGAUUGAAGGAUGUACGCUGGACGUUUUCAUUCUUGAACUUGAAGCAAAAAGGACAAAACUGGAUGCUAGGCUCGUGCCACUGGCACAGAAAAACUUUGGCGUUUGCUGCCUCGCUUCUUCACGGAUAAUGGCUUCCUCGCUUGACGAUUGAUGAGUUCCUUUCUAUUUUUACGGUGCAGGGGGAGGUUAUGGGAUUAUGGUGUAAGGUGCACACCCAAUGUAGCUGUAGGUUAGCUUAUCAAGUAUGGACAUAAUCGAGCUUGAGUUUGCUGCACAAGUUACAAUUACCCGCAUUGCGAAGGACAUUACUUCUGGCGCAUCGACGCCCUCCAAUCCUAAGUAUCAAGC